AUGAAACUGCUCGGUGCCGGGCUAGCAUGGAGCUUCACUUUCCAGUCCUCGGUGGUAGGCUUUCCUACAUUGCAAAAACGAGAGUCAAACACAGCAACACCAAGGAAUGUCAUCUAUGUUCAGACUUUUACCGAUUCUGCAGGCAACUGGUUCAACCUCACGGACUUGGUUACUGAACAAAGUGGCAUUACCCAUGUGAUUUUAGCAUCACUUCACCUGGACUCCCCGACCCAAAUUCACCUUAAUGACAAUGAUAUUAACUCGACUUACUGGGACCCUUUGUGGCCAAUGGUUACGUCUCUGCAGUCUGCCGGAGUCAAGGUCUCGUUGAUGAUGGGUGGUGCUGCAGCAGGUAGCUGGGCUAGAAUAGCUACUGAUUUUGAUGUCUAUUAUCCUGAAAUUCUCUCCAUCUUAAGGAGUCAUAAUCUAGAUGGUUUUGACUUUGAUGUGGAGGAAAAUGUUUCUUUGGAUGCUCUUGUCAAGCUCGCCCAACAGCUUGACACUGAUCUUGGAACCGAUUUUAUCCUAACCGGCGCACCAGUUGCUACCGCUCUUGUCAACGAGGGGAAUUUGGAUAAUGUAAGCUGGCCUCUGCUGGAUGCAACAGCUACUAGCUCCACACGUCCCAAUGGCAAGCUGUUCAAUUGGUAUAACACGCAAUUCUAUGAUGGUUGGGGCAAUGCGGGCACGCCGACCACGUAUGAAAACAUUAUCAGUGCUGGUUGGGAUCCUAGCCGUAUUGUUAUGGGUGUUCUCACCGCUGGUCGCGAGGGUAGUGAAUGGGUGUCUCUUUCGGGACUUUCUAGUACCAUUUCCAGUCUGAAGUCGAUGUACUCUGAUUUUGGUGGUAUUUCUGCUUGGGAAUAUGGAGGUGGUGCUGGCUCAAGCGAUGGUGUCACACCGGAGCAGUGGGUUGCUACCAUCAGUAGUUACCUGUUUUAUUGA